UUUCCGGUGUUCCCCCCCCUCCUCCCGGGCCGCUCUCCGCCGCCUCCCCGGGACUCGCUGCACUCUGAGCGGACUGCCAUGGCCGCCUGAGCGGGCUGCCGCGGUGUUGUCGUGGAGCGUUCGGCGGAACUUUGGAGCGGGACCGAGUGGUUCGGAUCUGGCCGCGGAGAAGAUGCAGCCUCCUCCCAGAAAGGUCCGGGUCUCCCAGGAGCUGAAGCAGACACACACUGAGCAGCUGAGCCGGCUCCACAUCAAACACCAGACGGAGUGUGAGCUGCUGGAAGACCUGAGGAGCUUCAGUCAGAAGCGAGCUGCCGUGGAGAGAGACUACGCCCAGGCCCUCAAUAAGCUGGCGAGCCAGUACCUGAAGAGGGAGUGGCCUGAGAGCCUGGCGGGAGAACCGGGAGGAGAACCGACACCAGAACCGGGAGAGGAGCACAGGACUGUGUACUGUGUGUGGAGGUCCUACCUGGAGGCCACCCUGCAGACCACCCAGACCAGGAUCAGCGCCUGUGACAACUACAAGGUCCAGGUGGCCGAGCCGGCCAAGACGGCCCGGGUGCAGAAGGAGCAGCAGCUCAGGAAGUGUGUGGAGCAGCUGACGGCGGUCCAGGCGGAGCUGCAGGACUCGGUGAAGGAGCUGACCAAGACCAGGAAGAAGUACCAGGAGGCCCAGACCCUGGCCCAGGCCGUCCGGGACAAGGCCGAGCUGGAUGCCAAGUCCAAGCUGAGCCUGUUCCAGUCCCGGUCCAGCCUCCAGAGGGCCAGCGUGAAGCUGAAAGCCAAGAGGAGCGAGUGCAACUCCAGAGCCACCCACGCCCGGAACGACUACCUGCUCACGCUGGCAGCCGCCAACGCCCACCUGCAGCGUUACUAUGGCAACGACCUGCUGGACUGCAUCAGGGUGUUGGACGGAGCAGUGUAUGAGCAGGUGAAGGACUGCCUGGUGUCUCUGUGCCAGACCGAGCUGGAGUCCUACCGGGCCGUCCACCACACCUUCAACCAGCUGCUCAUCAGCUCCAACGGGGUGCAGCAGGAUUUCCACCAGCAGCUGUUUGUUCAGAAGAACCAGGUGUUCCAGCCGGCGCCGGACUUCCUGUACCAGCCCAGCGAGUCCGACCCGGUCCUGCAGCUGCAGAGGGACAGCGGUACCGCUGAGGAGCACAGUCUGGAUAAGGAGGCCAGGAAGUGGGCCAGCCGGGUGGCGCGGGAGUACAAGAGCAUCAUCCACACCCAGAGGGCCCUGGAGGACCUGGCCUCCCUGGACCCGGAGCCGGGCGGCAGCGAGCUGGAGCCCAGGGCGGAGCUGGCCCGGCAGAGCCUCCGGAGGGCGGAGACGCUGAAGGCCAAGGCCGAGGCUCGCCUGGACCUGCUGAGACAGGCCGGCGUCGCCGUGGAAACGUGGCUGAAGAGCGCCAUGAACCAGGUGAUGGAGGAGCUGGAGAACGAGCGCUGGAACAGCCUGAGCCCCCACGAUCCCUCGCUCUCCGGAACAGCUGAUCUGGAGCGAGAGGACGAGGAGACGGAGGACAGCGGGGAGGUCCUGGACGACAGCAGCUCCAGUCCGUCCAGCACCCUGAAGAACUACCCUCUGACCUGCAAGGUGCUCUACUCCUACAAGGCGUCCCAGCCAGACGAGCUGACCAUCGAGGAGCAGGAGAUUCUGGAGGUCAUCGAUGACGGAGACAUGGAGGACUGGGUCAAGGCCAGGAACCGCGGCGGCCAGGUGGGCUACGUCCCGGAGAAGUACCUGCAGCUGCCGUCCUGCAGCAGCCUGCUGAGCGUGCUGCAGUCCCUGGCGGCGCUGGACGCCCGGUCCCACUGCUCCGCCGAGGCCGAGGCCGAGGCCGAGCCGCGGCCCGGCUCCGUCAACGGGGACUCCAGCGUGUCCUUGGCCAAGGCGCUGUACGACUACGCCGGGCAGACGGACGAGGAGCUGUCGUUCCCCGAAGGCGCCAUCAUCCGCGUGCUGAGCCGGGACACCCGCGAGGACGACGGCUUCUGGGAGGGCGAGUUCAACGGCGCGGUGGGGGUCUUCCCCGCCGUCCUGGUGGAGGACCUGACGUCCGGCGGCGAGAGCAGGGACGGACAGAGGGACGGCGGCGCUCAGGCCCCGCCCUCCCCCCGCAGCCCCCUCCAGCCCCUCCCCCUCCACAGCAGCCCCCUGCAGACCCCCACCCUGUCCUCCCCGGGCUCCAGCCCCCGCAGCGCCGGCGCUUCCCCCAUCGGACGGCCGCCGUCCUACCACAACGGACACCACCGAGCUCCGCCCACCCCCUUCCACAGUCCGGGACAGGGACCCCCCCAACCCCCCAAAUACCCCGAAGCAGGCCCGUCCACCAUCAGACCGGUGCGCGCCGCCCCUCCCCCCCCGAAGCAGCACCCCCGGGGGCAGGUGAAGAGGAGGGAGGAGGUGGAGAUCACGCUGGUGUGAGGGGGGAGAUCCAGUCCACACAGACCAGCAGAUCCCUGAAGACCCAAACCCUGACACCACCUGGAGAACCAUCUGGGGGACCACCAGGAGAACCUCCAUGAGGACCUUCAGGAAGGCACCCAAGAGGACAGAAUGACUAGGAGCCCCCCCCCCCUUGCAGGGUGCAGGGGGAGCCUCACGAGUUUCAUUACAGGGAAAUCACUGAAUCCUCAGCGGUCCUCAUAGGGGUCUUUAAAGGAAUACUCCGAAGAUUUUGGACCCUAUCCCUAUCAUUGGCAAAGUUAGACAAGCUCAUAAAUACCUUUGUUGUGUCUGUGCGUCCAGCGGCUGGCUCCCAGCUGUUAG